AUGGAAACACCCAUCGAGCGUGAAAUACGGCGCAGUUGCGAGCGCGAGGAAAGCCUGCGCCGCAGCCGAGGCCUGACCCCAGGCCGUGCGGGCAGUGAACUCGUGGAACUGCGCGUGCGGCCAGUGCUCAGCCGACCCGGCCCGGGUCCCGCGCUCCCGCGUUCCUUGGAGCGCGCGCGAGCCGGCGCGCAGAUGCAGCGAGACAUCCAGAGGGAAGCCCACCGCCAGGCGGCGCUAAUGCGCACCACCGCCCCAACGCCAAACCCCCAGCCAACGCAGCAGCCCCUAGGCGAACUCAGACGAUUCUUUGAGAGCUCUGGAGAGCGCAGUCCCGUGGCGGCGGGCGGUUCGGGCCCACAGCAGCUUUCUGAAUCCCUAGGCCAGAGGCGCUUGGCCGCACAGGGCCAGUGCCCGGUGCUGGCCCGUGCCCCGCAGUUCGCCCAGCUUUCACUGCUGGAGCAGGAGGUGCGCGAGGUGCACGAGCGCGAGCGGGAGCUACAGCACUUGCGGUGCAGCCUCUACGGCGCUGCGGAGUUCCAGGAGCCUGCGCCGAGCCUCAUGGGGAGUUCCCGCGAUGGAAAGCUGGCAGUUAUCUGGCCCCCUCGAAGAAAGGCUUCGGAGAACGGCCUGAGGCGCUCAAGCACGAAGGACCUGGCCGCAGGACCAGAAGUGCCUCCAGGAUCGCGGGGAGGUCUGGAGAGGGUUCAGCCUUUAGCUCUGGGGAUGAUGAAAUACACCCAUCCAUUCUAG